CCUCUUCCCUUGCGGCGGUUCCAGUCCCCCCGGGCGGGGGGGGGUUCGCACCGGGGCAGGGGAGGCCCAGCGCUCCGGGGCGGGGGCUCAGUCCCCGGAGGCGUUUUUUACCACACACACACCCCCUCUUCCCUUUGGGUGGUUGUUUUAGAUAGGUGGGACCCAAACCACUCUGUUUCCAGGAAACUUUGUUUUUCCCGUCCUUUCCCCUCCGCCAUCCCGGCCGCGGGGGUGUGCGCGGCGGCGGGCGCCGUAUAAAUGGGGGGAGUGGUGGGGCCGGGCGGCCGGCGCUGAGGGGCAGCUCCCCCGAACCAGCACCGGAGCCAGAACCACCUCAACACCAGGACCGGCACAGAGACCAGGACCAGCAUCAGCACCGGGACUGGCACCGGGACUAAGACACCAUGGCUGAAGAGCUGGUGCUGGAGACGUGGGACCUGCAGCAUGAGCACAACGGGCAGCAGCACCGGACAGCGCAGAUGGGGCAGCAGCAGCUGGUGGUGCGGCGGGGACAGCCCUUCACCAUCACCCUGCACUUCUCGGGCAGGAGCUACGAGGAGGGGGUGGACAAGCUCGCCUUCAAUGUCGAGACGGGACCCUGCCCCAUUGAGACGUCGGGAACAAGAUGCCAUUUCGCCAUGACUGACUUCCCGGAGGAAUCGGGCUGGAGCGCGGUGGUCCAGCAGCAGGACGGGGACUCGCUCUCAGUCUCGCUCUGCUCGCCCCCCAGCGCCCGCAUCGGCCGCUACAGCCUGACCCUGGAGACCUCCACGGGCUACCAGGGUGCCAGCUACCACCUCGGGGACUUCGUUCUGCUCUUUAAUGCCUGGCACCCAGAGGACACAGUUUUUCUCCGGGACGAGAACGAGCGCAGCGAGUACGUGCUGGCCCAGGAGGGGCUCAUUUACCAGGGUUCCCGGGACUAUAUCACCUCCAUCCCCUGGAACUUCGGCCAGUUCGAGGAAGACAUCUUGACCAUCUGCCUCAACCUGCUGGACACCAACCCCAAAUUCCUUAGGGACCAGAACAAGGAUUGCUCCCGCCGCAACGACCCCGUGUACAUCGGCAGGGUGGUGAGCGCCAUGGUCAAUUGUAAUGACGAGGACCGGGGGGUGCUGGCAGGAAGGUGGGACAACUGUUAUGAAGAUGGGACGAGCCCGAUGGCCUGGAUUGGGAGCGUGGAUAUUCUCAGGAGGUGGAAGAAGUUUGGGUGUCAGCCAGUCAAGUAUGGCCAGUGUUGGGUCUUUGCUGCUGUGGCAUGUACUGUCAUGCGGUGCCUGGGCAUCCCCAGCCGGGUGGUGACCAACUACUACUCAGCCCACGACACCAACGGCAACCUGGUCAUCGACCGCUACCUCAGUGAGACAGCGGAGGAGGCCCAGCACUCCAAGGACAUGAUCUGGAACUACCACUGCUGGGUGGAGUCCUGGAUGGCCCGUCCAGACCUGGCAGCAGGCUAUGAUGGGUGGCAGGCACUGGACCCCACGCCCCAGGAGAAGAGUGAAGGGGUUUUCUGCUGUGGGCCAGCCCCUGUCAAGGCCAUCAAGGAGGGUGACCUGCAGAUGAUGUAUGACAUCCCCUUCGUCUUCGCGGAGGUGAACGCUGACGUGGUGUACUGGGUGGUGGGGCCUGACGGGACACAGAAGAAGAGCACCCACUCCUCAGUGGUGGGGAAGAACAUCAGCACCAAGAGCGUGGGCAGGGACAGCAGGGAGGACAUCACCCACAACUACAAGUACCCAGAGGGGUCUGAAAAGGAGAGAGAAGUGUUUGCAAAGGCAGAGCGCGAGACAAGGUCUCUGAGGGAGCAGGACGAGGGGCUGCACCUCAAGAUCAAGCUGUCGGAGGGUGCGAACAACGGCAGCGACUUCACGGUCUUCGCUGUCAUCAACAACAACACGGACACAGAGCGGGUCUGCAGGCUGAUGCUGUGCGCCCGCACCGCCAGCUACAACGGCACCGUCGGGCCCCAGUGCGGCUUGAAGGACCUGCUGAACCUCACCAUCGAGCCCUGGGAAGAGAAGCGUGUUCCUCUACUCGUCCUGUACGAGAAGUACAGGGAAAGCCUGACCCAGGACAACAUCAUCAAGGUGGUGGCUCUCCUGACUGAGUACCAGACUGGUGACAUCAUUGUGGCCAUCAGAGAUGUCUACAUCCAGAACCCAGAGAUCAAGAUCAGGAUUUUGGGGGAGCCGAUGCAGAAUCGGAAGCUGGUGGCAGAGAUCAGCCUGGUGAACCCCCUCACAGCCCCCCUGAACAACUGCGUGUUCGUGGUGGAAGGCACUGGCCUCACUGAUGGGCAGCAGUCCAAGGAGCUUGAGGAGCCGGUGGAGCCGCAGGCAGAGGCCAAGUUCAGGCUGGAUUUCGUGCCGAGCCAGGCGGGGCUGCACAAGCUGAUGGUGGAUUUCGAGAGCGACAAACUGACGGGGGUGAAAGGCUUCCGGAACGUCAUCAUCGCCCCCCAGCCCAAGUGAGCGGCCCCGUGGCCCCCCCCUGUGCAGAGACCCUCCCCUCUUCCCUCCCUCCCCUCGGGGCUCGCUGCCCCGCACUCGCUUCAGCCGCUGCCGCUCCGGGCAGACGGAACGAGCCCCGAGCCCGGCGGCGCCGCGUCCGCCCCGGGAGCGCCCGGAGCUGCGGGGGGAGAAGCCACAGCAGGGGCGGGAGCGAGGGGACAGGAGAGAGGAGCUGGAGGCGUUCGGGAGCUCCCGAGGGCAGCUACUCGCUUCACCUCCUUUCCCUCACCCCCACGGGUGACGUCCCCUUCCGGCGUGUCCCCCAGCCUGGGUGCAGAGGGGCCCCCCGGGCAGGGGCCAGCCCCCUCCCCUUCCUGCAGCCCCGGCAGCCCCGGCCACAGCAGGUUUUCUAAACCAAGCAGCAAAACCUCCAGCACUGAUCACACCUCAGCCCUGCUCACCCGCGCCAUUACCACUCUCUGAACGCAAUUCAGUAAAGAUUGUACACUGAGCAAAAUCUGUUUAUACACCAUAUCCAUCCCCAACAUCCAUCUAUUUAUAGCUAUAUAAAUACACACUGCAUAUAACCCUCCUGCACAGGUAAAGCAGCAUGCUUGCUUUAAUAACCAUUCCUGUCACUGCAAACGCUCUGCAGUGAGCGAUGGGACAUUACCUUGACAUGAUUUAACUAUGCAAGCACUGAAUAAAAACUGUUUUUCACUUUUAAA